CCCCCUCGCCACACCUAACGCGUCAUAAUUCACGUUUUACGUAGUAGAAACUUUACAUUCGAACAAAAAUAAUUCUCAAAAAUGGCUGCCUAAAAGUAAUCAUUGUUGUUAUAAUAAUUAAAAAUGUGCCUUGUGACAAUGGAAUCAUCUAAAAUAAAUGUUAAUUACAAUAAAGAAUUUACAAUAUUUGGCGAUAAUAAAACAUAUACUUGUGAAUUUAAUAAAAAACAUUUAGAUUUAUUGUGGAAUAAUAAUAAAUUGUGGCCACAACAUUGUAAAAACGUCGAAAAAGUUUGGCCUUGCUUGAUACACAGAGGUGGGACAUCAAGACAACACAACAUUACAACAUAUUGUCGAUAAAAAAAAAAUUAUACAUAUUGUUAAUUGAAUUUAUUGACAAAUCGCUGAGUUGCAGUGACGACUAGUAAAUUAAAAGUAUAAUUAUAAAAAAUAUUAAAAAUGUAUUCAACAAAAGAAAUUGAUGCAUCUCUUAAUAGUCAUAAAAACGAAAAUUAUCGUAUGACUCAUUCAUUGAGUAUGGAUGAUGCACGUUGUAAUAUAGAAAAAAGAAAAAAUAAUAUAUUUAGUAGUGUUAUGAGUAUGUUUGGAUCAGUUGGUAAUAUUGUAUCAAAAUUACCAAAUUUUAUGACAAAUAUUAAUAAUACAUUAUCAGUAACUGUAUUGCCAAAUAGUACAAUAACAUCUGAAGAUUUAUUAAGAAAUUUAACUGGUAGUAAUGAACAUAUAACAACAGACAACAUGUAUGCCAAUAAAUCAUCAAAUUUUAAAGAAUUAUUAAGUACAGAUAUUGGUAGUAAAUUAUUAUUAUCACAACAUGAUCAUUUUAUUGAUAAUAAAAUAAUACAUACAUUUGAUUGGAUAAAAGAAAUUCAACAUUAUCAACAAAUUCAACAAAAUCAUCAACAAACAAAUGAUUUAAAUAUUGCUAUUGCUGAAAGUUUAAAAAUGGAUAAAAAUUAUAAUGAUAAUAUUGAUAAAUUACAUUUAAAUAAUAUAGAUAUUAAUGAUGAAUCAAAAAUGUAUAAAGAUAAAAUGAAAGUUGAUGAAAUGGUUAUUGAUAUUGAUACUGAUGUACCUGAAAGCCAGAUAAAUAAUAAUGAAGAAUUGUUAUUUAAAAAAUCAUUGACAAUUAAGUCAAGACGUAAAUGUAAUGUUAUUGCUAAAAAACGUAAAAAAGGUAAAGGCAAAUUACAAUUAAGAAAAUCUGGUGUUAGUCAAUCAAAACAUAGAAAAGAAAGAAUAAAACAUAAUCUUUAUUCAAAUAUACAAGAUGAUCUUGAUACUUGGGAAGGUAAUUAUAUAAAAAUUAAUAAUACUGACAAAGUUGAUGAUGAAAUAUUGCAAACUACUGGUAAUGAAUCAGAUAGUUCAUAUGAAAUUAUACCAAAUUAUCCAAUGUUUGUUGAUACUUAUGUACUUGAUAAUUCAACAAAAAUUAAAGAUUGCAAAAAUAAAAAAUUGGAUAAAUCUGAAACAGUUAAAAUGACAUAUGAAGCUAAAAGUUGCCCAGAAAAAAAUAAUGUUGAUACUUCAUUUGUCAUACGUGAAAGAUCAAUAUCAAAUAAUUCAACUGAUUCUGAUGAUUUUUCAAUUGUUUUUGCUGGUGGUUCAGAUGGUUCAGACUGUGAAUGUAGUACUGAUGAUGAAGAAGAUGAUGAUGAGGAUGAAGAUGAAGAUGAUGAAGAUAUUGAAUUUGAAGAUGAAGAUGUUGAAUUCCAAGAUGAAGAUUACGAAGAGUUCGAAGAUGAAGAUUACAACCAUUAUGAAAAAAAAGAAAAGAAAUCUACAAACAACAACAAGGUUCAAUUUAAUCUUCAGCCAACUGUUCAUACAAUGAUUAAAUGGAAUUUUGCAUAUCGAGCUGCUCGUCGUGGACCCUGGGAAGAAAUGGCUCGUGAUCGUGAUCGUUUUAAAGGAAGAAUUCAUCGUGUUGGACGUGUACUUGACAAAGUAUUGAACACACAACACCGUGAUUGCAUUUGGCAUGAAAGAUUUGCCACAGAAUAAUAUUAUAAUAAUAUAAAUAAAUAAAUAAACAAGAUAAAAAAUGGUAAAUAAAUUGUUAGGAAAUUUUUUUAAAUACAAAAUGUUAAGAUAAAUAUGGAAAAUUGAAUUUGACAAUUUGGUGCAAUAUGGUGAAAUUAUGGGAAUUCAUUUUAGUCAAAUUUAUUUAGUUCUUUGAUUAAUUUACCAGAACAAAUAUAAAUUUUAAAUCAUUGUUGUUAAAUUUUUCAAAUUGUCAUCAAUUAAUCUCUUUUAUUUGUAAUUUAAAAAAGUCGAGAUUUUAGUUUAUUUUAAUUCCAUUAUCUUGUAUUAUUUUAAUAAUUCCAACAAUACAUCUAUUGUAUAUACUGUUUAACAAUUAAUACAGUGAAUUUAAUUUACACAAUAUAAAAAUCCCAAAUUAUUUGUUUUUUCUAUUAGAAAUAUUCGAAAAUCAAUAUCGAAAUAUUUUCAUAUCCAAAAUCUAUAAUCAUAAUUUGUUGAUUUUUAAUAUUGGGAUUUAUAAAUAAUUAAGAAAAUUUGAAUUUUAAAAUUAUUAAUUUAUUGAAAAGUUAGAUACUUUUUCGGCUAUUAAUAUAUUUUUUUUUUUUUUUUUUUUCAAAAUUUAAAUAUGAAUUCUCGACGUUUAAAUUUACACCAGCUGUAUAAAAAAAAUCAUUUAUUAAUUUAUUAAUUCGAAUUGUAUAAAUGUAAGUAAAAAAAAAAAAAACAAUUAAGUCAUAAGAAAAUUAUCUUGUCAUUUAAUUUGCAACAGCUGUUAUUAAUUUAAAAAUAAAAUAAACUAUAAAAAAAAGGGUCGUUUUUGUAGGAUUCAUUAUUUCUUAAAAUAUAAUUUUUUUGUUUAAAGUCCCACAUGUAUCAUAGUUAUGUGAAAAAAAAAAAAGUUAAAAAUAAAGCUAAUUUCUUUACACUAAUAUAAUGAUUGUUCAAUAAUUUAUAUAAUUAUAUUGCGUAGAAAAUAUAUGAAACUAAGAAAAGGAAAAAUAUAUAAUGUUUCGGAUGAGUGGAAAUGAUUGCACACACGCAAACCAACGCCUGUUGCUUCCUUGACAAUGUUAACAUAUUAUUUUUUUUUUCAUAUUUUAGUUAUUCCCAUAAUAAUAAAGCAUCAGCCAAGACCAAGUCGAUGAGAUUUAAUUAUAUAAUUAUAAUGAUGUCAAGGGUACCAGAUAUUACAUGAUCAUA